AUGGGCUGGGAAGAGAGGAGGAAAAUUAGAGGGAAGCGCACGGAUCCGCGCGGCUGGGAAGCGACAAGAAGCAGGUGUAGCGGGCGCAGGGUUGUGGCGGGCGAGGGCCGGGCUCACCGGGCCACAGGGAGAACACGAGAGCGGGCGGCUCGGGCGUCCGCGGGCGGAGGGUGCGGCACCGGGGUGCAGACAGCGGCCGAUCCGGAAACACGGUGGAGCGGCUUGCAGAGGGCUCUGCAGAGGCUGCGGCUCGACUUAGGUCAUGGGGGCGGGGCGGGGCGGGGCCGGCGGGGCGGACGCGCUCCGCGUCACCGACCGGGUGAGGCAACUCUCUACCCGCUGCUUUUCCGGGGGACUGUCGUGCCUGGGGCUCUCUGCUUGCCUUCAUCCCCUCCGCUCCGCGUGCAGCCGGAACCCGCGUCCAGCACGUCGUUCCCAGAGUCACUCCCUCGCUCCGCCUCACACUGCCCCGCCAACCGCUUUGUGAGAACGGCUAGACUGACGCCGGAAAGAAGCAGAGGCUGCCCGGGGCCACACGCCUCUGCUCUCCCCCACACCUCCCGGCCAAGGCUCUCCCUAACUGCGGCCCGGGUGCGGGUGUGGGUGCACGCAGACCCACACACCGGGUCCGCAGCCCGGACUCUCACGCCCGCCGCCCGCCUUCGGCGCACGCGCGGGCUCCCGCGGGGCGUGGCCUCCCGGCGUCGCGCUAGCGGAGGGGAGCCAAUCCCGGCUGCAUCUGCAGGUGGCGGCAACCGCCAACGGCCGUUGGGCGCGGCUGGGCUUCCCGACUUCUCCCGCCGCCUACUCACCGUGCUCUUGGGGCCCCGGGGGACAUCAGGCCUGGGUGGCGCGGAGACACCAGGCGUGACGCUCUCCCCUCUCCUUACAGACGAGCGAGCGGGCCCGCGCCCUGCGACUGGGAGGGCCGCACCGAGCCCUGGAGUGAGAAAGGGACCGGACCUGGGCCGCCCGUAGGUGGCUGGCGAUCUCGUAGGGGUGACAGACACGUAAACAACCAGUAAUUGGGUCUUGUGGCCUGGACAAGCACGUGCAUUUAGGGAGUAGAAGCCCACAGGUCUCUUGGACUCUGCCGCUACUUUUGACUACCUUCUGCCUCUCUCUUCCUCUGUUUUCAUCUUUGUCAGCCUCCCAGGGCUGUUGUAAGGAUUAGUCAGGGUAGUGCAAGCCGCUUCCCUGACUACACUGACCUGUAUCAUCCAAGCCUUAAGAGGUCCCGUGGACAAAUUGGAGAAUGUAUGGCUAGAGCAAGUGGAACUCCCAUGUCAGCAUAAGAUGAUAAAGCGAACUUGAAAAACUGACUUCGGUGUGAAUAUCCAGCGCUGAAGCACCUUCCUGGAUGAGUGAACAAAGGUAAGGACAGGUAGACAGUUUUUUACUGGAAUGGAGGUUUUGAAGGCUUCCUUUUCUGCAAAGGUUGUGUGUAGCAGUUUUCCUACAAACUUUUGCAGUUAAUUCAGAGCCAAACCUUGGGAUUUCAAAGCACGGCUCAAGAAGAAACCAGUCGGCCUCUGUUGUGGCAACAUCAGGUUUCUGUUUGUUGAUGACUCCUUAGUUGCUUCCUCAAUGACCAUAUCAGAUGAUUCUGUACUUUCAUUUGCUCUGAGCCAGAAGUUAAAUCAGGUUCUCCUUUCUCCUUAGAAGUGCCACCAAAUUUUCUGAUUGCAGGUUGGCCAGAAGCAUGCAACAUGGUGACAUACCCACAGAAUUCCCUGCAAGCCCAUUUUGUUCCUUAAUAUUUGCAGUACUUUAUGAAUACCCAUAUUGACAUGAGCACAGUCCUUGUAGUUGUUUUAUCAAAAGGAAAGUUUUCUCUCAUCCCAUCAUUUUGACACUGCAAGCUUAUCUAAAGUAGAAAUUACUUCAGGAUUAUGACACCAUGACAUUAUUAAUGCUCAGUAAUAACCCUGAAAUACAGCAGACCGUUUUGAAUUCUUAUACCUUUAAGU